GGUACCUCUCUAUAAGGUUACGCGGGGCCCAGACUUUGGGUUUCGUCCCUUGUCCCAUUUUCAUGCCGCACGGCGCUGGAUCCCCCUCGCCGCCCAUGGAACUUGCUAGAGUGCCAAGAUGUGUCUCGGCAACUCCUGUGUUGCCUGGCUCCCUUUCAUCGUCUGAUGUUGCUGGCCUAGCCUGGCCGCGGAGCCGGGCACCAGGCACAUCCCUCUUUCGCUGUAAGCCAAGUAAGGGCCAGGCUUUGUAGAUGCGGCGGCCAGAUCACUCUCCGCAUGCCAAUCAUGUGUAAUAAACACCUUGUCUAUGAACCAUUAUGCACACUUGUCGGGGUUUAUCCUGCACGGAGAUUUUCCUUGGCUGUUGGUUCCCGGCUACUUGGCUCGGCUCGGCUCCUCGCGGCUGGUUAGUUGGCUGGCUUGGCCUUGGCUUUUAUAUUGAGAAAGUUUGUUCGGGUUGUCAAAAGCGUCUUCCCACAUCGAACAUAAGUAAGCUUGGGGCCUGACAUGGCUUUGACGAGUAUUGCCAGUGAAUAAUUAGGAAGUAGGGCUUUGACAUUCUUAUGAGGCAUUUAGAGAAGACUUCUCUAUCAGGCCUGAACGCAAAUGCCAAAAGCCUCGGCCUGGAGUAUCAUGAACUAUGUCGAUGACUGGCAUCUCCACAUUAGGUGUUUUGGCAGCUAGGGUGCAUUAAAUCUGCCCG